UUCUUAUACUUUGGAAGUUAUUGCUCGGGAAAAGGAUAAGCCACUUGUUUGUUGCUUGCAUGACUAUUGAAUAUUGACCCUAAACUUGGAAGGGGAAGGUGAAGGGGGACCAUUUUUAAAGUAUUUGAAAGGAAAAAAAGAAAGGGUUUUGCUUGUUCAGAUCCCACAAAGAUUGGAUAACAAUCGGUGUUUGAUUUGCUUGGAUAAGCAUGCCUUGGCCGUCUUCGUCACCCUCUCAAUUAUUAUUAUUUCAUAAUUUUAAUAUACGCUACUAUCUUCCAAUAUAUCUGUGAUAGCCAAAGCUGCCAAGAAUCCUGGAAAAAAAAAAAGAAUACCAACAGGAAAAUUUUACGUGUUGAUAUGGAAAACUGAUCAGUUGGAUAUGCAUUUGAGAAAAAUAGAAAGGAAAUAUUUAAGUGUCCUAAGGUACUUCAACACGUAGCAAAUGCAAAGGCCGGAAGAGAAAUGGCAUGGUUAAUCCGCCCCAAUGCUCGAUUGCUUUUAUCGGCAAUAAGGCCAUUAAGGGCAACCUUCGACUCUUUUCAUUGCUCACAUUUCCCUGAUCUUCCUGAUCGCUCUGUUUGCAGUUUUCCAGGAAAAUGGUUUCGUUCAAAGGCAAUGAGAAUGAAUGAUGUUGACGAUAUCCAAUCAGGACCAUCAUCUUCACCCAAGAUCAUUAGGAGGCCCCCAGUUUCGUCGUCGGAGGCGUCAAGCAAAUCUCUUGGACUACAAGAAUUCACAGGAUCUAAAGUACAAAAUGUGAAUAAUUCUGGUGAGAGGCUGGACUUGUUUGAUGAGUUGAAACGGAGAUUUCUGAGUUUUAAAAAGCACAAAUAUUUGGAAGAGUUGGAGCAUUUUCAAACCCUUAAAGAAGCUCAAUCACCCAAGUUUAUGGUAAUUGCUUGUGCAGACUCCAGGGUAUGCCCUUCUACGAUCCUUGGAUUUCGACCAGGAGAAGCUUUCAUGAUCAGAAAUGUUGCAAAUCUUGUUCCUCCAGUUGAGAGUGGACCAUCAGAAACUAAUGCUGCCCUCGAGUUCGCAGUAAAAACUCUUGAAGUUGAAAACAUAUUAAUCAUUGGUCACAGUUGCUGUGGAGGAAUUCAAACCCUAAUGAGCAUGCGAGACAAUGGAGACUCCAGUUUUAUCAAAAGUUGGGUUACUAAUGGGAAAAUUGCCAAGUUGAGAACAGAAGCCGCGGCAAACCACCUUAACUUUGAUCAACAAUGCAGAAUUUGUGAGAAGGAAUCCAUAAACCAUUCGCUGUUGAACUUGCUAACAUAUCCAUGGAUUAAAGACAGGGUGAGGAAAGGGUUGCUUUUCGUUCAUGGAGGAUACUAUGAUUUUCUGAACUGUACAUUUGAGAAAUGGACUCUUGAUUUCAAGGGAAGCAGUGUUGAAGAAAGAGGAAGGUCCUUAGUCAGAGAUCAAGAACUUUGGUGCUGAGUUCUUAGCCUUUUUAAUCCAUUGUAAUACAUGCGGUCUAAUAAAUCUUUCCUUCCUCAAAAGAUAGUAAAUGUAAAUAAAAUUGCUGGUGUUUUUAAGGAACAAAAUUUGUUACGGACCAAGAAAGAUAUACUUCUCCUAAAAAGAUCAGCCACAUUUUAUUAUACGUAUUUUUUUGGUAUUUGAUAUGUUAAGAUUUGAAUUUUAAUCACUGAAAUAUAUUACAUACAAUUGU